GUAUAAUUUAGGGAAAUAAAGGUAAAUAGGCAGUCAUCAUGCAACUUUCAGAGCAGUUCUCUAAAUUUGAGCAAGUGCCUUAUGUGACCACACACGAGGCGAUUCGCUUGGAAAGGAUCUACCUUGUCGCAAGCCUGUUUACGGGAAUUGGCAUGGGUCAACUAGUGUUAAUAAAGGCAGCGAGGUUUGACUUGCACGAGAUAGUACCAGUGCCAAGUUUCAUGUGGCUAGUGAUCGCCCUGGUCUGCCUGGUGCUGUUAGUAUUCACCGAGCUGUUCAACAAGUUUCCCAUCAAUUGGACGCUCGGCACUGUAACUGUGGAGUCCAUGACACUGUGCGUUAUAUGCUACAAUUGGACCACGAUAAAAUUUAUGUAUGCCACCAUCAUUGUGGUGACAAUUCUAGCGACUAACCUGUUCUUGUAUCUGAUGGGCGCCUUUCUGCCUCUUUCUUUUUUGCCUGGUUACAAGACCAUGCUGGUUACAACAAUUGUCUUUAUCAUCGUUUAUAUAUUACUGGUUGUUGUUGUGUUUGCCAUCAAAAUGCCAGUAUUGAUGGUGCUUGUUGAUUCAUGGAGCUUGUUAUACAUGCUACCCCUAACGCUCUAUGGAAGCACUAUAAUACACCAUCGCCGAUCGGAAUAUUUAGUUUCUGAGGAAUAUGUACUGUCUGCAACAAUUAUAACAGCAUUCCUUCUUUAUAUGAUCCACCUACUUGCCUCAGUUGUGACUUAUAGCCUACAACUGCAUAAAACCUUUGCGUAAAUUUCAUGUAUGUACAUACAUAAUUGUUCAGAACAAUAAAUACUGAAAUCAUUUUGUCGCAAA